AUACACAGAUAGAUACACACACGUAUGAGUAGACUUACACAACCCAAAUUGAAAUGACAUGAUUAAUCAAAUUUAAGAAAGUCACGAAAUCCCAUCUGUGUCUUUGUGUGGUGUGGCAUCCUAGAUGAGAUGACCAAAAUAAAGUAAAAUAAGUCUCAUAAUUCUGCCCGGUGACCUAACCAAACACACCCAACAAUUAAAUAAUUUCAUUUCGCAAUUUUCCAUCAUAUAUAACUCUAAUAAUUUAUGUUUUUUUUUUAAUUCAUGCUAUUCUUGCUCCUCCUGCUUCUUCUCCCAUCUAUGCUUCUUUCGACUAGAUUUAAGCCCAAUUUUUGAGUCCGGUAGAGACCCUCCUUCUCCCUCUACCUCUUCGUGAGUUCGCGAGAGACGGCUGAUUGUAGUCGAUGUAUUCAAUCUAUUGUGUUUGUUUUGAUGUCUCAGUCACUUCCUCUUGAUCUGCGUUUGAAAGAAUUGUAUCAAAUUUUCUGGGUUUGAAUUUUUACAUAGUUUAUACACUUCGCUGUGGAACUGGGGCUGUGAAGAAUUUGUGUAAUUUUUUAAAGAUCUCUGAUGGAAAAUAUGAACUUGUGUUAUUUGUUGAAGCUCUUUUAACAGGGUGGUAACAUUCCCAGUGGUCUAUAAAUUAUCGAUAAACGACUUCAUAUAAAGGAUCAAGAAAACCUAGCACUUGAUUCUGCCAUUUCUCCUUACAUACCACUUUGGGCGGUUCAAUGUCUUUCCGCAGUAUAGCUCGGGAUUUGAGAGAGAGUUUUGGCAGCCUAUCGAGGCGGAGUUUUGAUGUGAGGUUGCCUGGACAUUAUAGGGGGAAAUCACAUGGUUCAUUUAAUGACUUGAGUGACCAGCCUUUGGUGAUUCAGAACAGCAGGUGGGCUAAUCUGCCUCCUGAGCUACUUUACGAUGUAAUUAGGAGGUUGGAGGAGAGCGAGAGCACGUGGCCCACUCGGAAACAUGUAGUUGCGUGUGCAGCUGUUUGCCGGUCUUGGAGGAGCAUGUGCAAGGAAAUAGUUAAAAAUCCGGAAUUUUGUGGAAAACUUACUUUUCCGGUUUCUCUUAAGCAGCCUGGGUCUCGUGAUGGAACUAUUCAGUGCUUCAUUAAGCGAGACAAAUCUAAUUUAACCUACCAUCUGUUUUUGUGUCUUAGUCCUGCUUUGCUAGUUGAAAAUGGGAAGUUUCUUCUGUCUGCUAAAAGAACUCGAAGAACAACUUGUACAGAGUACGUCAUCUCUAUGGAUGCAGAUAACAUCUCCAGAUCAAGUAGCACAUACAUUGGUAAACUAAGAUCAAAUUUUCUGGGUACGAGGUUUUUGAUAUACGACACACAGCCUCCACAUGCUUGUUCACACAUCCCGCCGCCGGGGAGGUCGAGCCGCCGGUUCUACUCCAAGAAAGUAUCUCCGAAAGUACCAACUGGGAGUUACAACAUAGCUCAAAUCACAUACGAGCUGAACGUGCUUGGGACGCGCGGUCCACGGAAGAUGAACUGCAUUAUGCACUCAAUCCCCGCGGCAUCCCUCGAACCCGGUGGUGUGGUGCCUGGGCAUCCGGAACUUCUCCCGAGAUCCCUAGAAGACUCGUUCCGGAGCAUCUCAUUCUCAAAGUCUAUGGACCACUCCACUGAAUUCAGCAGCUCGAGAUUCUCCGAUAUGGCCCGGCUGUCGAACGAGGACGACAACAGUAAAACACGGCCCUUGGUUCUGAAGAACAAGUCCCCCCGAUGGCACGAGCAGCUGCAGUGCUGGUGCCUCAACUUCCGGGGACGGGUGACGGUCGCAUCGGUGAAGAAUUUUCAGCUGAUCGCCUCGACACAACCAGCCGCCGCUGGCGCCCCGACGACUUCCCAGCCGGCCCCGUCGGAGCACGACAAAAUAAUUCUGCAGUUUGGUAAGGUUGGGAAGGACAUGUUCACCAUGGAUUAUAGAUAUCCGUUGUCAGCAUUUCAGGCAUUUGCAAUCUGCCUGAGCAGCUUUGACACUAAACUGGCUUGUGAAUAGACGAAAUUUCCCCUGGCUUGCUUCUAACUCAACCCAUGCAAACUGUAAGUUGGUGUUUGUAGCUCUUUGUUUCUGGAUAUUGAUCUUCUCCUUCUUUAGGGAGGAUGGUGAUGGUGAUGGUGAUGGUGAUGGUGAUUAUGUUAGUUUGUAUUUUCUUUGCCACCAUAAUUUGAUCCCCAGCUUUGCCAGAAAUAAGAUUUCCUUCAUCA